AUGUCGUCGGGAAUGCAUCCGGACCAGUCUGGUCAACGAUCGGCGGGAUUAUCGCUCAAUCUUUCAUCCAACAAUCCCUUUCGCAACCGCGCGGCUUCUCCUAGCAAUCUCCCACAGAGCCCGGCUUCUCCUUUUGAUGAUCCGCCGCCUCGUCCAGUUUCGCGAAAUCCAUUUCUUGAUCCUUCCAACAAGCCAAUUCAGCAACAGCAACCUUUAUUGUCGCCAGACAGCAUGGCUUCCAAAUCUGACCGAAUGUCGCCCACGGCGGAGGAGAUUUUUGACUCCCUAACUCUCGAUGACAGAACUGACAUGAAGCCACCUCCACCUCCAGGAUCGCGCCCGUCCAUGGGCCGACCGGGGCCUCCACGUGGAGAGAACGUGCCGCCUCCCGGUGGCCGUCGUCCUCCUCCAAGCCACAGGCCUACGCGUUCGCAGGAGGAAGCGAUGCGAGCACGUAGACUGCAAGGGAGCGGCGCCGGAGACAGCCGCCAUGGAGAGUCCUCUUCGCCUCACAGGCGAUCGGACAGACGCCUGCGACGUAACUCGGAGUCUUCAGUCAUCAGCACCGAUAAGGAGAAGUAUCUAACAGAGGAGGAAAAGAAGGCGCGUGAUUUGCGGCGCCGGGAGAGGGAACGCCGCCACCGAGAGCGAGGCGAGCGAGACUCUAAAAGCAAACCAAGACCCAGCAACAGAAAACUUGACAUUAUUGAUCAGUUGGACGCCACGAGCAUUUAUGGCACCGGACUGUUCCAUCACGAUGGUCCAUUCGAUGCUCUCAACCCUCAUCGGAACAAGAAAGGAAGCAGCCGCGCCCCGAUGCAGGCAUUCCCGAAGGACUCGCUCAACAACUCUAUGGGAGGGUCGGGGCCGCUGAACGCCCGUCCAGAUCAUGCGACGUUUAUGGGCAAUGCCGACCAGGAGGCCUUCAGAGAGUAUUCUCAAGGCGAGAAGCAGGGCUCUUCCAGUCGUCUGCCGCCCGUUUUCGACCCUCUCAGCCGUGGCACGAUUCUGCACGGUGACGAAUCGAUGGGCCUGGGAACAUCCACCUUUUUGGAGGGUACACCGGCCGCACGGACCGUUAUCCAGCGGCGCGAGGCUGAACAGCAACAAGAUACCAUGGAGAAUGGCCUCCAACGGAAGAAAUCGCUUGCGCAGAGGAUUCGCGGCAUCAACCGCCCCCGCCGCGACUUCGAGGCGGGCGGCCGCAUGACAAACCCCGAAGGCGUGUACUCGUCGCGACGAUCGCCUCCGAUUCCCGGUGCCAACUCGUCGGCCAGCAUGUCGAGCUCGCGAGGGGAGCGCAACCCAUUCUUUGCCGACUAUGACGGUGGCAAGAAUGGAGAGGAGUCAAUCUCUGUCCGUAGGAGAGAUGGAUCUGCUCCCCGUGUCAAGUCUCCCACUAGCCCGGACCCUGUGCCACUUGAGCGUCGUGCCACCGCUGGUGAUGAUGACCAGGCUGCCCGAGCCGGUGGCGGACUGCUUGCACGUGUCAAGAGCUUGAAGGGUGGACGGCGAGCCAGGCCAAGCCCCCCAGACCAGCCCUCACCUACGGCCGUUCCGGCCCCGGGUACCGCAGCCUAG